GGCCAUGCUAAUUUCACCUCAGAGCCCUGGGAUACGCCCUACAACGGAAUUUAGAGUUCGCCCUGCCACGAGCUCUUGGUGCCAUGCUUCUUCUGUCCGGCUCCAGUGCAGCUUCAUGGGCCAAGCUCGAACGUGAAAGCCAAUUUCUUGGACCAUGCAACUAGCUGUUAUGGAUCAGCAGAAUCCACACUCGACGACAUUAUUUCCUCUCGAUGGAGGUGAGUUCGAUCUUGGCCCCUACACUAUCCGGUGACUGGUUCACCAUGGCGUUGUGACAGCACCGUCCGAGGUAAAGAUUGCCUUGUUCUUGAGACACUCUGAUAGAGCUCAAGUAUAUAAUGAUGUUCCCCUUCGCUGGUCUCAGCAGAAGUAUCAGCAGCCUGGGUCUUCAUCUCUUUUUAGACAUUCGUUCUUCAACACACCUUACUCGAUCCGUCCCUCGCUUCACGACCUCUCACACAUAACACCAAACAUGAAGUCCUUCCUCAUUGCCUGCCUUGCUGCCACCAGCACCCUCGCUGCUCCUCUUGCUACUCCCCAGUUCGGUGGCUUCGGCGGCUUCGGUAGUGGUGGUUUCGGCGGUUUCGGUGGCUCUACCAAGAACGAUAUCACCAGCGGGGUCUGCAAGCCUGUAACCUACAUUUUCGCAAGGGGUACUACUGAGAUCGGUAACAUGGGCUCUACUGUUGGCCCUGCUCUCGAGAGAGCUCUGGAGUCUGCGUUCGGAGCCAAUAACGUCGCUACUCAGGGUGUUACGUACCCUGCAGAUGUCGCUGGUGCCAUCAGCGGUGCUCUCAGCCCUGGAACUGCUCAGGGUGCCCGCACCAUGGCUAGCUUGACCCAGCAAGCUCUUAGCAAGUGCCCCAAUACCAAAGUCAUUCUCGCUGGCUACUCUCAAGGUGCCGAGCAAGUCCAUGGUGCUCUCCAGAACCUCCAGAACGGACAAGUCGCCGUCGCUCUUACCUUCGGUGACCCGCUCCAGAGAAGCCCCUUCCAGAACAUCGAUUCCGGUCGCACUAAGGUCUACUGUAACCUCGGUGAUGGUGUCUGCGCUGGAGCUUUCAUCAUCUCUGCUGCUCAUCUGUCCUACGCUACCCAGGAUGCUACUCCUGCUGCUCAGUUUGCCAAGGGUGUCAUUGGUAACAUCUAAGUGUUGCGAAGAUGUUUAAACAUGAAUUUUGCAGUCGUACCGGAUUUUCAACUCCUCGAUACUCAUUUCUUUCUAUAGUUGUUUCUCUUGAAUGACCCAGCUUAUUUGUUGUCAGACGAA